CAUUCUAGAGACACUCUGCUCCUCCUUUCGGCGGGAUCGAACUCUCUCAAAACUCUCUCUCUCUCUCUCUCUCUCUCUCUCACUCUCACACAUUGCGAUCAAAGUUAUAGUUUGGUUGAUCUCCCAGGUUCUAGCUCUGUCUGUGUUGCUUGGUUGUGAUGGCGGUUGAGAGGCUUUUUAAAGAUGAAGCUACUGAAGAGAAGGGUGAGCGAGCCAGAAUGGCAUCCUUUAUUGGUGCAAUGGCAAUUGCUGACUUGGUGAAGACAACUUUAGGGCCUAAGGGAAUGGAUAAAAUUUUACAAUCAACAGGCAGGGGACACAGUGUUACUGUGACAAAUGAUGGUGCUACAAUCUUAAAGUCCCUUCAUAUUGAUAACCCAGCUGCUAAAGUUCUUGUUGACAUAUCAAAGGUUCAAGAUGAUGAAGUUGGAGAUGGAACAACUUCAGUUGUUGUUUUGGCUGGGGAACUUUUGAGGGAGGCAGAAAAGUUGGUAGCUACAAAGAUUCAUCCAAUGACAAUAAUAUCAGGUUAUCGGAUGGCUGCUGAGUGUGCUCACAAUGCUUUACUGCAGAAGGUGAUGGAUAAUAAAGACGAUGCAGAAAAAUUCAAGGAAGACUUGAUGAAGAUUGCAAUGACUACUUUGAGUUCCAAAAUUCUUUCCCAGGACAAGGAACAUUUUGCAAAACUGGCUGUUGAUGCUGUUAUGAGGUUAAAGGGCAGCACAAACUUAGUGUCCAUUCAGAUUAUUAAGAAGCCUGGAGGAUCACUGAAGGAUUCAUUUUUAGACGAGGGAUUCAUUCUAGACAAGAAAAUAGGUAUUGGCCAACCGAAACGCAUUGAAAAUGCAAAGAUCUUGGUGGCAAAUACUGCAAUGGACACAGAUAAAGUAAAAAUUUAUGGUGCCCGCGUUCGUGUUGAUUCAAUGGCUAGGGUUGCUGAGAUUGAAGGGGCUGAGAAGGAAAAGAUGAGAGAGAAGGUUCAAAAGAUUAUAGCUCAUGGGAUUAACUGCUUUGUUAACCGACAGUUGAUCUACAAUUUUCCAGAGGAACUCUUUGCUGAUGCAGGAAUACUUGCAAUUGAGCAUGCUGAUUUUGAAGGUAUUGAGCGCUUGGCACUAGUUACUGGUGGUGAGAUUGCAUCAACCUUUGACAAUCCAGAAUCAGUUAAGCUAGGACAUUGCAAGCUCAUUGAGGAAAUUAUGAUCGGUGAGGACAAGCUGAUCCACUUUUCUGGCGUUGAAAUGGGUCAGGCUUGCACAAUAGUAUUGAGAGGUGCAAGCAACCACGUGCUUGAUGAAGCUGAGAGAUCUCUGCAUGAUGCCUUGUGUGUGUUGUCUCAAACGGUAAAUGACAGUAGGGUUUUGCUUGGUGGUGGGUGGCCUGAGAUGGUCAUGGCAAAGGCAGUGGAUGAGCUGGCCUGGAAGACUCCUGGCAAGAAAUCUCAUGCUAUUGAAGCUUUCUCGCGGGCACUCCUAGCCAUUCCAACUAUCAUUGCUGACAAUGCUGGCUUGGACAGUGCUGACUUGGUUGCCCGGCUCCGAGCAGAGCACCACAAGGAAGGAAGCACUGCAGGGAUUGAUGUCAUUUCUGGAUCUGUAGGAGAUAUGGCAGAGCUUGGGAUCUCUGAAGCAUUCAAAGUUAAGAAUGCGGUGUUGCUCUCUGCCACCGAGGCUGCUGAGAUGAUUCUGAGAGUCGAUGAAAUCAUCACUUGUGCCCCAAGGAAGAGAGAAGACAGAAUGUGAUGCAUGGACUGGUGUUUUUGGUAUGUGUUGUGAUUGGGGUAUUAAUGAUACACAAUGAUUUGAUGGGUGAAAAGGUUGGUACAAACUUGGUUACAAAGCACUUGGAUUACAAGAUGUAUGAGGUUUUGUUUUAGUUCUUGUUUGGAAAGAGACUGAUUUAAUGUAGGAGAUUUUGGCUUUUUGAAUGUUUAUUGGCGUUAAUGAAAAACCCAUAUCUGAAUUUUGUGCUGUUGCAUUAGAGCUAUAAUUUGGAUGUUGGCAUAAUGAAGCGGUUGAGCUUUAGUUGGAGAGCGCGGGCGAAUGGUGUAUUGUUGUCCACAUUGCAAUGUGGUUUGAGAAUCAAAAACACAAUUAUUGGGUGGUUUUAUCUUUGCAAUGAAUGUGUUUUGGCUCUUGAUUCA